UCUGGGCGCCAGUUGCGUGUUCGGCGGCGGCGGGGAUGAGGCGAGUUCCGCGGUCAGCCUGACAAGGCCGGUGCUCUCGGAACUCACCGCCCGGCACCUCGUAGCGCGAAGGAAAUGGCUUCUGGCUCUACCUCCUUGCUUUGCACAUGGAAAAUCUGAGACCCAGAAAACCUGUGCCAACCGCACUGGCUCAAGUGGAUAGAGAAAAGAUCUAUCAGUGGAUCAAUGAGCUGUCCAGUCCCGAGACAAGGGAGAAUGCUUUGCUGGAACUAAGUAAGAAGCGAGAAUCUGUUCCGGACCUUGCACCCAUGCUGUGGCAUUCAUUUGGUACUAUUGCAGCACUUUUACAGGAAAUUGUAAAUAUUUAUCCAUCUAUCAACCCACCCACCUUGACAGCACACCAGUCUAACAGAGUUUGCAAUGCUCUGGCAUUAUUGCAAUGUGUGGCAUCACACCCAGAAACCAGGUCAGCAUUUCUUGCAGCACACAUCCCACUUUUUUUGUACCCGUUUUUGCACACUGUCAGCAAAACACGUCCCUUUGAGUAUCUUCGGCUAACCAGUCUUGGAGUUAUUGGGGCCCUGGUGAAAACAGAUGAGCAAGAAGUAAUCAACUUUUUGUUGACAACAGAAAUUAUUCCUUUGUGUUUGCGCAUAAUGGAAUCUGGAAGUGAACUUUCUAAAACAGUUGCUACAUUCAUCCUCCAGAAGAUACUCCUAGAUGACACUGGUUUGGCUUACAUAUGUCAAACAUAUGAGCGUUUCUCCCACGUUGCCAUGAUCUUGGGUAAGAUGGUCCUGCAGCUAUCCAAAGAGCCUUCUGCCCGUCUGCUGAAGCAUGUAGUGAGAUGUUACCUUCGACUCUCAGAUAAUCCCAGGGCACGUGAAGCGCUCAGGCAGUGCCUCCCUGACCAGCUGAAAGACACGACUUUCGCCCAGGUGCUAAAAGAUGACACCACCACAAAACGCUGGCUUGCACAACUGGUGAAGAACCUGCAAGAGGGCCAGGUCACCGAUCCCCGGGGUAUCCCUCUGCCCCCUCAGUGAUCCUCCCCUGUUCCCUCCUACUACUCCCCCAAGUUGGGGGAAGGAGAGGGAACCUGCAAGGAAAACAGCUCAGGUUUUAUCGCCGACUGGGAAUAGACAACCUCAAUGCUGAACUGCACUGGAGAAAAGGGGCAGGGUACCCCGCUGAGGUGUGAGCUGCCAUCUCAGGCUGCCUUGAGGACCUGGGCUCCUUCUGCUACCCCCAGGAAUUGGGCUCCUGACAAAGCAGUCUGCCACCACAGCCCCAGGAGGGUGUCAACACCAGCAAAUGCUGUACUUGCAGCACGCCCAAGCUUCCCCACCUCUGCCUAGCCACUGGCAGGGAGGGGAGACAGUGGUGACAGCAGCUGCACUCUAGGCAUGGUAAACGCCUGGGACCAAGCCAUGAGGCGUUUUUUUAUUUUGCCUUCCUGGAAGAUUAAGAUGUGUCUCUUCAUUCUCUCAGUAUUUGUUUACUUUGGGUUUUUUUGUUUAUUUUUAAUCUCAGAGAGAGGUGUGCUUAGUGGACAUAAGCUGUAAUAUUCAGCAAAAUAUUGUCAGUUGGCGCUGUUUACAAGUUUGUUAGCUGCAUAAGCUCAAUAAAAAGUUGGUCUGGGCAUUACAUCCCCUCUAGCAGGCCAAUAGCUGCAUGAGCUGUUGGGAGGAAAGGGAGGCAGGGGAAAAACACAAAAGCCAAAGGACAGCAGGAACCCGCCAUUUAUUUCCCUCCCCUUUUCCAGUCUUCUGCCCCCCAGUUCUGGAUGCCACAAGGACCUUAACUUUGUUUCUGGCUUUAGCUGCUAGCUUUUCCAAAUCUCAGUGCUUUCCCCUUUUUCACUUUCCUCUAUUUAAACAAAUGUCUUAAUUCAUCAGGUGGUCCUGGAAAAGGUAUUGUAUUGGGGGAGGAGAAGCAGCAAUGGACCUCACCUUCAAGUCCUCAAGGAUAUUUUCUGAAUGACUUUUAAUAGGGAGGUGCCUGAGAUUACGAUGAUAGGCUACUUGAUGCCAUUCUUUGCUCUAGUGUGAAUUUCUGCAGCUCCAUCUGUCUUCAUGACUGUACUUGAAGCAGUAUUGUCUGAGUGAGUUAAUUUUUCAGAUUCGAGAUGGAGGGUUGGACUCUGCUUGCUCAUCACUCAGCCUGUUUGUUUUUUUUUUUGUUUGUUUGUUUGUUUGUUUUGUUUUUUUUUUUUUUUUUUUUUUGACACAUUCCCUUUUGGCCUAUGGGAAUUACAGGGUUGCCACUAAAAUAUUUUCCACUUCUUCAUAUUUUUCAGAGAAUCCCCCUUUGCGUCUUUGAAGCUUCAGAUUAUUCUAUUUGUAAUCCAGAAAGUUUGAAUCUAUAACCCAGUGUAAACUGUUUUGCUUUCCCCCCCACCUCCCACUGCCAACACCUGUUCUCUCAUCCCCCUCUCCAGUCAAAAUGGGAUUGUUAAUCCAACUCUAGAGAGGGACCAAGUAUUUUCUGUCCACAUCUCACAUGAUUGAAAGUGUGUCUGAAUGAUUUGGGGAAGACCUCAAAAGGGCAUGCUCAGAAAAACCUUUGCAGAGGCAGUUUUGCCAACCCAAGGGCUCUUUCAAGCCGACUUUCACAAAGGGAGCCGGCCUUGUUAGUUGGCUUCUGUCUCUUUAGAGCCAAGAAAGUUGUAAUUAAGUAACCUGUAUGUGGGAAGGGUAGAAUAAGCAUUUAUUCCCCUGCCUUCCAAAACGAAGAGGAGCACUAAGCCAGCUCUCCACAAUCUCAAACCUAAAGAAAAGAGGUCUUGGAGAAAGCAGAGAACAGCAUGGACUGAAUAGACAGCUUGACUCCCUUCAGCCCGUAGUUUGUGUUCUGGAGAGCCCAGCUAGGGUAACCCUGAUUUUUGCCAACCACCUUCCUGCUGAGCCAAAGUUUUUCAUUUCCCCUCUGGGGAAGCAGCUGAGGCCCAGGGCCUUGCUCCCUGGGAAAUUCUCUCUCCAUCUUUCGGUGCAUUGGCCAUGUUACCGUGCCAAUAAUGUCUUAAUUCUUGUUCCAUCUAUUCUCAGCUGGCCUUGGACCCCACAUAGGUAUUUGGGGGAGGAGUGAAAAUGGAUAUUAUUACUUGCAGUUGAUCCUGAUGUUGCGCGUAUGAAGAGAUCCCUCCCCUUAUUUUGUGUUUUCCAUCCUUCUCGCUCCCUCAUCAGGAUUGAAAUAAAGCGUGCUUUUGUUUUUAUAAAAAUAAUUUUUCC